AUUUUAUUGUUUGCAACAACACAAUUUCAAUUUUUCUUUAAAAAUUGAUAAAAUUUUGAUUAUUUUCGGAAAUUUUAUAAAUAACUAAACAUAAAAAUGUCGAAAAUUACUGUGCAAGAUAUAGAAGCAGUGGAUGAUUAUUGGGGUCCUACAUUUCGUUCAAUUUUAGAAGGUGAUAACAAAGAAUCCAUCUCUGAACAAUUGGAACAACGUAUACGUAGUCAUGAUAAGGAUAUCGAAAGAAUUUGUAAUCUUUCCUAUCAGGGUUUCAUCGAAUCCAUACAAGAACUUUUGCAGGUGAGAACUCAGGCACAUCAGCUGGCUACUGAAGUGCAAAGUUUAGAUAAAUCCUUGCAACAAAUAAGUGCCUCACUCAUACAACAAGGCAAUGAUUUGGUCAAAGCCAGACAAAUAGAAUCGAAUUUAGCAUCGGCUAUAGAUGCUCUACAAGAAUGUUUGCCUGCCUUGGAAUGUUAUAUUAAAUUUUGCCAACAGGCUUCCAAUAAACAAUACUAUCAAUCUUUGCGUACCUUAGAGAAUUUGGAAUUACAGCAUUUGCCUAAAUUACAAAGUUACAAAUUUGUUACACAAAUGCGUCAUGCUAUACCAGUGAUUAAGGAGAAUAUAAGACGUUCCGCUGAGGCAGAUUUUCGUGAAUUCUUAGAAAAUAUAAGAAGAUUUUCUCCUAAAAUCGGCAAGGAGGCCAUAGAACAUACUAAGAAAUUACAAAAACGCGACAUUAACACCAUCAUUGAGGAUCAUAAGAAAUCUUUGAAAAAUAAAGAAAAUGCCAUAGAUGAAGAUAAUCUAUCGGCUCAAGAUUUAAUUGAUUUUUCUCCCAUCUAUCGUUGUCUACACAUCUAUACGGUGUUGGGUCAACGAGAGUACUUUGAAAAAGAUUAUCGCCAACAGCGUAGAGAUCAAUCGAAAUUGGUUUUACAACCACCUCCUGGUAUGCAUGAUAAUUUGGAUGCUUAUAAGUUGUAUAUUUGUGCUAUUGUGGGUUUCUUUGUGGUUGAGGAUCAUGUUAAGAAUACUGCAGGUGAUGUCGUUACUACCGCCUAUUUAGAAGAAUUAUGGUCUUCUUCGUUGACCAAGUUUGUUAAUGAGAUUAGCAUGAGUUCGUCGUCUUGUACGGAUCCAAAUAUCUUGUUAAGGAUUAAGAAUUUGAUAAUGUUGUCGAUUAAUACUUUUAAAUGUUAUGGUUAUACGGUGAAUAUAUUGUGGGAGUUGCUGCAUAAUAUGAGGGAUCAUUAUAAUGAGGUUUUACUUCAACGUUGGGUUCACGUCUUUCGCGAUAUACUCGACAAAGAACAAUUUCUACCCAUGAUUGUGGAAAAUCAAGAGGAAUACGAAUCCAUAAUUGAACGUUUUCCCUUUCACUCGGAACAAUUGGAAAAUGCACCAUUUCCCAAGAAAUUCCCCUUCUCACGCAUGGUACCCGAAGUCUAUCAUCAGGCCAAGGAGUUUAUGUAUGCCUGCAUGAAAUUUGCCGAAGAUUUAACCCUUUCACCCAAUGAAGUGGCUGCCAUGGUACGCAAGGCUGCCAAUCUUUUGCUAACUAGAAGUUUUAGUGGCUGUCUUUCGGUGGUCUUUCGUAAUCCAAGUGUAGCUCUACCGCAAUUAAUACAAAUUAUUAUAGAUACACAAUAUCUGGAAAAAGCCAGUCCAUUUUUAGAUGAAUUUGUCUGUCAUAUGACUAAUACUGUGAGCAGUGUUGCCCAAACACCUUCGGCCAUGUUUCAUGUGGCCCGUCAGGAUGCCGAAAGACAGGUGGGCAUACGUAUUUGCUCGAAAAUUGAUGAAUUCUUUGAACUUUCCGAAUAUGAAUGGUUGCUGGUGGAACCACCUGGCAAAGCUUCGGCCUAUAUUACCGAUAUGAUUUCCUAUUUAUCCAGUACAUUUGAAAGUUUCUCCACCAAGUUGCCCUCUAUAGCUCAGACAGCCUGUCACCGAACUUGUGAACAUAUGGCUGAAAAAAUCUGGUCUCUGCUAUUCGAUGAUGAAGUGAAGCAAAUCUCCACGGGUGCUUUACAACAAAUCAAUUUAGAUUUGCUGCAAUGUGAAUUCUUUGCCGCCAAAGAUCCUGUGCCCGGCUUAAAGGAAGGUGAUCUUUCAAAAUAUUAUUUGAAAUGUCGCCAGCUGUUGGAUUUGCUUACUAUGGAAGAAUGGGCCACCUAUUUGCAUGAUUAUGGCACCAAAGAAGAUCGUUAUCAUUUGGUACAUCCACAAUAUAUCAUUAUUAUUUUAGAAAAGAUUAGAGAAGCCGAUAAGAAAACCAUGUUUUCGGGUUUACGCAAAAAUGACAAAAAGAAGUUAUUGGAAACGGUUUUAAAACAAUUGAAACAUUUAGCCGAAAGACAAAAUUAACUUUAAUUUAAGAAGAAAAGUAAAAGAAAAAACAUUCCUUUGAAAGGAUUUUAUGAUCAUGAAGAUAUUUCUUACAAUUUUUUAACAAUUGGUAUUAUUUUUUGUUUUAUUUUAAAAAGAAAAUUUUAUUAUUUAUUAUGUGCUAAUAACUUUUACUAUUAUUUUAAGUUCGAUUUAGGCAAAAUAUAAACUUGGCUUUAUAUUUAUAUGUGAAUGAAUAAAUAAAGGAAAUUAA